CCCCCCCCCAGGCCCCCCGUAGUUACGCCACUGAUUUGAAUUAAAUCUUUGUCUAAACUCUUUACUCACAUGCUAUCAAACUAUAUUACGCCCACUCGUCAUCUUAAAUAUAUAGAACUUUAUCACUUAGAUAUGAAAAAAAGAAACAACAAACUUUGUAUCUAAUUUUGCUUCAUUAAGAUAGCUUGCUGCUUUUUUUUUUUCAUUUAACAUUAACAAAUUAAAAGAAAUUAAUUUAUUUGGCAAUACCGUACUUACAAGUGUUUUUGUUAUUCAUCCCAUUCCUGGUCACGAGUACAUUGUUAUUUAUUAAAGCCACACAUUGAUUAAUAUAUUAUAGGGCAUUUUGACAGGCAGUCAAAUGUUUGCAGGCUUGUUAAAAAAUAUAUGUUCCUGGAUGGGAAGGUGUGAUUGAUUUCAUUAUAGUUUUACCAUCCAAUACUUAACAAGCAAGUUGUCAUGCAUUUGCCAUUCUACUCUUCCUUCAGUUGCAUGAAUCUUGUAACAACUGACAUGGAUAUAUUAUAAUUGUCUAAUUUAAUUGAAUUUUUAAUUUUAUUCAGCUCCAAGCCCGAGUCAUCAGGAAAUGAUGCUGAUGCUGAUUCAGUACCUUCCUUGGAACCUCUGCCUGAGUCUACUACUGUUGUGUCUUCCAAUGUGGACCAGGGUCCAAGUACUAGUAAAGCUGGAAAUCCCGAAGAAAGUGUAGUUAACAUCACUAAAGCACCGAAGUACAAGUGUAAGGUGACAACAAUACUUUCCUGGAAAACGGACUGGGAUUGGAUAGGAUUCCAGGAAAAAGACGGGUAUGUUACACUGGUAUGGUGCGAAGUUUGUAAGGCCUACUAUAGUGAAGGUGGAAAAAGCAGUUUACACCAAGGACAGUCACAAUUAUGCGAAUUGGAAGCAUAUAUAAAGGGGACUGCGAAUGUGAAAAAAAGAUACUGCCCGGACCCACAAUGCUAGCAAGCUGCAUCGAGAUGCGAUUAAGGCGACCAAGGCCACCAAAGAGAUGCCUGUUAUUUACAGGCACCUUAAAAAAAUGGACAAAGAGACAUUUACAAGAAUGUGUCACCUUUUUGAUUGGGCAUACACAGUCGCACACUCAGAACUUUGUUUUACAAACUUUCCAGUCUUAAUUAGUGUAGAAAAAAAAACAUGGAGUCAACCUUGGUAACACUUAUGCCAAUGACAAGGCAUGCCGAACCUUUGUUGAUGAAAUUGGUGAAACGAUGGCAGACGACUUGAAGCAUCUGUUUUCCACGGAACCCUUCUACUGUUCAAUCCUGUUUGAUGGCAGCACUGACAAGAGCCUCUCGGAAAAAGAAGUAAUUAGUGUUAAGUUGCUUGAGGACGGACUGCCUAGGUUCAAACUUCUUGGAAUUACAGAACCUGGUCAAUGUACUGCUGAGGGCAUAUACAAUGCAAUUACUGCAAAGACUCGAGAAAUGCAGCUUGACAUCAAGACAUGCUGUGUUGCAACAGCAGCUGAUGGAGCUUCAGUUAAUUUUGGGAAAGAAUCUGGUGUACUGGUUCGACUGAAGAAAACAAUGCCAUGGCUUAUAAUGAUACACUGCAUUGCACAUCGUCUUGAGUUGGCCCUGAAAGAUUCAUUCAAGGGUUCAUUUUAUGAACUUGAGAUAGAUAAUCUGAUGAUGCAUCUAUAUUAUAUGUACCGGCGAUCUGUCAAGAAAUGGCACGAGCUUCAGAGAACAGCUGAGACAUUUGGUGAACAUGUAGUGAAACCAUCACGAUCUCAGGGCACCAGAUGGAUAGAUCAUCGCAGAAAGGCAUUAACAGCCCUGAUCCAGGAUUACCGCUGCAUUGUAACACAACUCCAAGAGCAAGGAUCCGAAUUGCGAAAAGACAUCCCAGCAGGAGACCGUGCAAAAAUGAGAGGAUAUUCCAAACUCAUGACCUCACACCGCUUCGUACUAUACUUAGCUUCCUACCAGGAUCUUGUGGAAGACCUGGCAGAAUUGUCGCUCUCACUCCAAGAUGACAAUCUUCCAAUUUCUGGUGUACGAGCAAACAUUGAUCUUGCGCAGGCUAACCUCAUUUCAAUGGUCAAUAAUCCAGGGAGAAAUCUACGUAGAGUCCUACUUGAGACCACAGCUGCUGAAAAUGAUGGCGUUGUAAGAUUUAAAGGUAUCGAGUUGGUGACAUCUCCUUCUGAAGUGGACACGUUCAACAGAAAGUCGAAAGAGAUAAUAGAAAGGAUCACCAUUUGCAUCUCUAGCAGAUUCCGAAAUUUUGUUGAUGACCCAGUGCUUUCAGCAGCUGAUAUUUUAGACCCAACAAACUACCCAACAGAUCAUCAAGCUCUUGCUGUUUAUGGACAAAAGGAAAUUACAACCCUCACAGAUCAUUUCAAUGCACUUCUAGUGAAAAAGGGCUGCCAGGUAGAUGAGAUAGAACGGGAGUGGGCCAAGCUGAAAUAUGAUAUAUCUCGAAAUCACAGACAGGAGGCAUUCUAUCCGUUAUGGCAAAAGAUGCUUACCCAGAAGGAGGACCGGUACAGCAACGUACUCCACCUUGUACGAAUUCUACUGGUCUGCCCUAUUGCCACUGCGCAUGUCGAGCGUCAGUUCUCAUACAUAAAGAGAAUUCUGGGAGACUGGCGUCUCAACCUGGGCCUGAGUACCAUCCAGCAUUUACUCCGAAUAUGUUCUCUGAGGGACCCGAGCCUGAAAAUUUCAGCCAGCGCCUGCAGUCAAUCGAUGGAGGUCUUCCUGUGUUAA